AUGCUACCUAAACGUAAAACUCCUCCAACUCCUCCACAUAUUGCUAAUGAUGACCAUUAUAAAGAGCCUUCGAUUUCAGAAACAAAAGCUGAAAAAACUAGAAGAUUAGAUAGAAAAAGAAAAGCUGUUACUAAAUGUUUAGAAUUAGUAUCAGCAACAGAUAGAUCACAAUCAUUUAUUUCAACGAUAUUAUUAACAGCAUUUACUAAAUCAACAACCUUGAAAUCAACAUCAACAAAUUCACAACAACGUGAAUAUUUUCGCUCAAAACAACAAGAAUAUCGACAAAUUUUAACUAUAGUACAACAAAAUCAAAAACAAGAAUUAGAUAAAUAUCAGCAUAGAAAUA